UUACAUUCUUCGAUUCCCUUGAGCAAUAUAUAACACCAACACCACGCGUUAGUUACUCACGUAUUCUGCUUCAUUUCGCUCUUUAUGCUUUACUACUUGUUUAUUCAUUCAACUUUUUCAUGUUAUAAAUACUGGUGAAUUUGCACACACUUUGAUUCUUGUUGGGUGGUGGUUAAUGGGUUUUCUUCCCCUUUUGUGAUUUUGGUUUUGGGUUUUGAAUGAAUGGGUUCCAUCAGAGGGAUCAAGAAGAGGAAGAAGGCUGAUAACAAGGAUGACCAAGAUGCCACUGCGACCCCAUUCGAUUGGUGGCAUCACUUCUCUCUCAGAAUUUCAGGACAUUUAGCUCAAUCUAAGAAUAUAGAGAAGUUUGAGUCAAUUUUCAAGAUCUCAAGGAAGACGUUCAACUAUAUAUGUUCUCUUGUGGAGGAAGACAUGCUGGCCAGAGCCUCAAAUUUUGUUGAUUUAAAUGGCAAACGUUUGUCUGUGAAUGACCAAGUAGCUAUAGCUCUUAGAAGGCUUUGCUCUGGUGAGUCAUUGUCAACCAUUGGUGACUCAUUUCGGAUGAACCAGUCAACUGUUUCCCAAAUAACAUGGAAGUUUGUGGAAGCAAUGGAAGAGAGAGGACUCCACCAUCUUAGUUGGCCUUCAACUGAAAUGGAAAUGGAAGAGAUAAAGUGUAAGUUUGAGAACAUACAGGGACUUUCUAAUUGUUGUGGUGCCAUUGACAGCACACACAUAAUGAUGACUUUGCCCUCCGUAGACACCUUGAACAGCGUGUGGCUCGAUCGUGAGAAGAAUUGCAGCAUGGUCUUGCAAGCCAUUGUGGAUCCGGAUUUGAGAUUCCGUGACAUAGUUACUGGAUGGCCAGGAAGUGUGAGUGAUGAACAUGUGCUUCGAAGUUCUUCUUUCUUCAAACUUGUUGAAGAAGGGAAGAGGUUGAGUGGGGGUAAGAAAACACUUCCAGAUGGAACAGUGGUAAGGGAAUACAUUAUAGGUGAUACAGGCUUCCCCCUUUUGCCAUGGCUUCUUACACCUUAUGAAGGUAAAGGACUCUCAACUGUUCAAGUUGAGUUUAACAAAAGGGUUGUUGAAACUCAAAUGGUGGCAAAGAAAGCAUUGGCUAGGCUGAAGGAGAUGUGGAGUAUAAUCCAAGGUGUGAUGUGGAAGCCCGAUAAGCACAAGUUACCAAGAAUUAUUCUUGUUUGCUGCAUACUACAUAAUAUAGUUAUUGAUAUGGAGGACGGAGUACUGAAUGAUAUGCCCCCUUGCCACCAGCAUGAUUCUAGAUACCAAGACCAAACUUGUGAAUUUUCCGACAAUACUGCCUACAUUAUGAGAGAGAAGCUCUCUCUCUUCUCAUCAGGCAAACUGCCAGCUUGAAAUAUCAUUUCUUCUGAUUGUUACAAUUGAAUUGGAGUUAUAUAAAAUUAGUUUUUUACUACCAACCAUCUUCUUGUUAUUGGUUGAAAUUUUACUUAGACACAAAUGCAUUAAAGUUGCCUCUGCUACAAUGUCUGCUGAAGGAGGAGGAUGCUAGUUCUACUUC